UCUUCAACGCGGAAUCGCGAUAAUGGCGAGCGGCCGUGUACUUUUGGAGCUGCUGGUGUCUCUGGCUGCUGCUCUGGUGGUGUGUCUGCAGCAAUGCUCCGGGGUCCCUGUAGACCCCAGGCAACAAGUCGUGCAGCUGUUGGAGAAAGGCAACCACGAAGACCUCGCCAAGUACGACCUUUGUCUCGUCUGUGAGGGCGUCGUGGAGGUUGUCAAACUAUACUUGGAGAGAAAUGCGUCUGUGGAUGAGGUAAUCCCGGUCGUGGAACCGCUCUGCCUCGUCUACAUGAACAAGACGAACGGCUACAACGGGACCUUCAUGUGCCCCGGGAUCCUCAAAUCUUACCUUCCCAUAGUGCUGUAUGUGGUGGCAGAAGGGGCUCUGGAUCCUGCAGACGUGUGCUACAUUAUCCAUCUCUGCAACAGUUCGUCACACGCCCAGUCCUCCUCCCCUCUCCUCUCUCUCCUGGAGACCAGCUGGCACAAGAGGCAGUGGACUCCAACCCACAGCCUCCCGGGAGCACUGGAGGGGAAUUCCCUGAGAGAAGAACCAGCUGUCAGGGGUGCAGGGAAGAGGGGAGGGAGGUUAGAAAAGAAGGGCGGAGAUCCAAUUGUGUUUCUUCAGUUGUCAGAUAUUCAUCUUGACCAGCUUUUUGCAGAGGGCUCACCCAGUAUCUGCAACCUGUAUCUUUGUUGCCGAACUUGGUACAGUGGAACAGGUCCAGCCGGUCACUAUGGCGACUUCAACUGCGAUCUGCCCCUCGCCACUCUGGAAGUUGUCGUGGAAGCUAUUGCGCAACUUGAUCCCCAGCCGGACUUCAUCAUCUAUACCGGGGAUAAUUCUCCUCACGAUGUCUGGAAUGAGACGUGGACGGGGGAGUACCAAGCCACGGAGUUCCUAAUCUCUUACCUCGCCGAGAAAUUACCCCAACGACACAUCUACCCCGCCCUUGGCAACCACGAAACGUUCCCUGAGAGUGAAUAUAUUGGAACUCUACCUCAAUACCAGGAGUUAACUCGUAAAAUGGCCGACUACUGGCAGAAGUUGGUGCCACUGCCGCAGUCUGCUCUGGACACCAUAGCUGAUGGGGCCUACUACACCACUCUCAUUGAGGACAAAUUGAGGGUCCUCUCUUUUAACUCUGACUAUGGGUACACCAUCAAUUUCUACACUCAUCUGAACGGAAGGAAUGCGUACUUCACACGCCAACAAGAAUGGAUUGUUGGACACACUAGCAAAGGCUGAACAGGCAGGAGAGAAGGUCAUGAUGAUUGCCCACAUUCCGCCUGGUGACCCUGGCAACACAGUGGCAGCCUACGAGGAGUUCUAUUUAAACCUCACCAAGCGUUACCGUGACACCAUCGUGGCUCAUCUGUUUGGCCACACCCACCACGACGAAUUCAAGCUGGUAUAUAUGCUGCUGUCUUCUAACCCAAUUCUUUAAGUGGUGCCUGCGUUUCGCUAACCCUCUUCCUCAACUUCAGAUAAUGUUAGUUCACAGAUCAGACCACCAUAAUUAUAAAUUCAAACCUACGGAGUAACACGAGGCAACACGCCUCAGUGUAGUAUUGGUCUAAUAAUAAAUGAUAGGUCCACACAUUCAACAAGUAUGUGUGUGAAUUUAGAAAUGUCAAUUGGUGUAGAUGGACCUAUCACACCAUGCCUAUUGCAAGAAACGUAUGAUAAACUGUUGGGACAUUAUUCAAUCAGAUCCAGGAUGAAGAAGGCGUGUAUGGGGCGGUGUUGAUCUGUCCGUCUGUCACUCCAUACGGCCGCAGCAACCCAUCCUUCAGACUGUUUUCCAUGGACUCCUCAUCUUACCAGCUCCUGGACUACCACCAGUACCAUCUCAACCUCUCUCUUGCCAAUGAACUGGCCAAGAAAGGUGUAAAACCGGAGCUGGAACUGGCCUACACGACCUCUGACCUCUACUGAGCCUCCCUGACCUGACUCCACCCUCCUGGGCUGACCUUGUGGAGAGGUUCUCAGACUACCCGGACCUGGUCUCGGACUACCGCUACAACAUCUACGGUCAGACGAGCUCAGGUGACAGGUCAUGUGACCCGGAGUGCAUCAGGGAGACGGUCUGUGCCGUCAGCAACAUCCUCACCAGUGAACGAAAGAGCUGUCUCAAUGGAUGAUCAGGACUUAUAAUGUGUGUUAACAUUUUCAGCCGAUUUGUGUAUUUUCACUUAUAUAUUGUGUUGCACUCUUUGCACGAUAUUGCUUUAAAAAACCAACAAAAACUGCUGUGACAUAAUUUG